AUGCGCAUCCGCCGCUACGCCGCGCGCCUCCUCGCGUCCUCGGCCGCCGCCUCGCCCCCGCCGCCGCCCGGCGCGGCCGCGGCGGCGCCCUGGCUCCACGCCGCCGCCGACGACUGCGCCUUCUGCGACCUCACGCGCGGCUCCGACCCGCAGGUUGCUCCCGACGGGAUUAAGCACAAGGGCCACACACGCAUUGCUAGUCCGGAGCCGGAAGCCGAGAGCGACAGCGACGACCUAGCUCAGCCGCCGCCUGCCCCACAAGAAUGGACUCCAGCUCAACGAUGCGAGAUAGACCAUGAGCACUCUGCCAGGGAAGAUGCCGCGGGGCUGGAAGCUACAGGGGGAGCUGCCGCGAGCCCUGAAUCGCAGACUGCUCCUGAGGGGAUUAAGCACAAGGGCCACAUUGCCGGUCCGGAGCCGCAAGGCGAGCUCAAGAGCGCCGACCACGCCGGCCUGCCUCCACAGCCUUAUGCGCCGAAAGAAUCGAUUCAAGCUCAACGAUGCGAGAUGGAUUAUGAGCAGUCUGCGAGUGGAGAUGCCGCGGCAUUGGAAGUUACUGGGAGAGCUGCUGCGGAGCCAGAAUAUAUGGAGGAGACUACUCUUGCCAGUGAACUUGUUACUGAGCCGGCGGUCAAGCGAGGAGCUUUUGUUGCUGAUGUAGCUACUGGUGAGCAGGAAGCUGGAGGGACAACUCCUCUUGUUAAUGUCUCUGUCGCCGAUCCGGAGGCUACCGGGGAAGUUUCUCUUGUGAGUGGAUCGAUCGCUGGGCCAGAAGUUGCAAUGGGAGUUCCUUCUGCUGGUGAGGCUGCUGCUGAACGAGAAGUUCCGGAGGGAGUUUCUCUUGCGAGUGGGUCGAUCGCCGUGCCGGAAUUUAUAAUGGGAGCUUCUCUUGCUGGUAAAGCUGUUGCUCAACGAGAAGUUUCGGAGGAAGUUAUAAGGGGAGCUGCUUUUGCUGAUGAAGCUGUUGCCGAGCGAGAAGUUUACGAGGGAGUUUCUCUUGAGAGUGGCUGGAGUCCCCUCGACACCGAAGGCAUUGCAGAACCAGAUUGUAAAACAGGAGCCUCUCCUGUUGAUGAAUCUGCUGCUGAAAUUGAUAAAAUGGAAGCCUCUUCUUCUGUCAAUGAAGCUGCUGCUGAAAUGGAUAAAAUGGAAGCUUCUUCUGUCAAUGAAUCUGCUGCUGAAAUGGAUAAAAUGGAAGCUUCUUCUGUCAAUGAAUCUGCUGCUGAAAUGGGUGUUACACGUCCAGGUUCCUUCGUUAUUGAAGCAGCAACUGAUCCAGGACUUCCAGAAAGAGUUUCUCUUCCCAAUGAAGCUGCUACUGAGCGAGAAGUUUCGGAAGGAGUUUCACCUGCGAGUGAAGCUGCAGCUGAGCCAGCAGAUGUAGUCACUGUGUUGAAAGUUACAACUGGAACUCCUCUCCAUGGCGAAGGCGUUGCAGACACAGAUAUGGGGGCUUCUUCUGUCAGUGAAUCUGCUGCUGAAAUGGAUUUUACACUGUUAGGUUCCCUUGUUACUGAAGCUGCAACUCAUCCAGGACUUCCAGAACUAGAUCCUCUUGCCAAUGAAAAUGCUACUGAUCGAGUACUUACAGCAGGAGUUAUACUUGUGACGGAAACUGCAACUGAGUCACCAGAUGUAGUCACCGCGUCAGGAGUUACAACUGGAUCUCCCAUCGACAACCAAGGCAUUCCGGAGCCAGAUAUUAAAAUGGAAGCCUGUCUUGUCAAUGAAUCAUCUGCUGAAAUGGAUGUUAUACGGUUAGAUUCCCAUGUUAUUGAAGCUGCAGCUGAUCCAGGACACUCAGAAAGAGACUCUCUUGCUAAUAAAACUACCACUGAGCGGGAAGUUUCAGAGGGAGUAUCACUUGUGACUGAAGCUGCAACUGAGCCAGCAGAUGUAGUCACUGCAUUGGAAGUUACAACUGGAGCUCCCCUUGACAAUGCAGGCGCUGCAGUACCAGAAACUAAAAUGGAAGCUUCUCUUGUGAAUGAAUCUGCUACUCAAAUGGACUGUGUACGAUUAGGUUCCCCUACUAUUGAAGGCACAACUCAUCCAAGACUUGCAGAAAGAGUUUCUCUUGUGAGCCAAGUUGUCACUGAGACAGGAAUCGCAGGAGCUGCUAACCUCGACACUGAAGUUUUUGUGGAACCAGAAGCUACAGGUGGACCUUCUCUUGUAAAUGAAUGUACUGAACUGGAAAUUGCGGAGGGGGUUUCUAUUGCUAAGGAAGCUGCUGCAGAACCAGAAGUUACUGGCGAGGCUUAUGUUUGCAGUGAAGAUGCCGACACUGCUUUAAAUAAGACACAGCCUCUUGACUGUGAUUUGGAUUGUGCCACUGUGCAGGUUGAAAAUGUAGGAGUGUCUGUUCGCGACAAAGUGCAGCCCUCUAGAGACGAUGCAGCAGACGAGGUUGUUUCCGUAAGUUCCAUGAGCACUGGUCCUGACAAGAGUCCAACUGCUGAUGAAGUAACACCACACGAUGACACACCCAGUAUUUCAUGUGUAUCAGGUAUAGUAGCUAGAAGCGUUGGUAAAUCAGGGAGGACUGAUAUCAUAUGUUAUGCUAGGCGCAGCGGUAAAAGAAAGCUGGAUAUGGCAGAGAUGAAGACAGAUCAGAUUGAAAUGGGUGAUGGUGACAUUUGUGAUCAAUGUGAGGAAAAGGCAACGUUGGACAGAACUGCUCCUUGCGAGAGUGCGAUGUCAACUGCUGGAUCUGUAGAAAUUAAACUUGCUGACAUAAAGAGAGACCCUGCAGACAAUUCAGCUUCAAGCAGGUGUAAAAGGAGGAAAGGACGAUAUGAAUGUGACAUUGAUUACUGCCGCAUGACAUUCAAGAAAAAAGCCGAACUUUCUGUCCACAAGAAGAACUUUUGCACGGUCAAGUCAUGUGGCAAACAUUUCAGAUGCCACAAGUAUCUGAGACGCCACCAGAGCAGUCACAACGAAGAUACACCUUACAAGUGCCCGUGGGAGGAUUGCAGUAUGGCUUUCAAGUGGACAUGUUCUCUGGCUGAUCAUUUCCAGGUUCAUACAGGGGAAAAGCCCUAUAGAUGCAGGUCACCUGGGUGUAGCAAGAUAUAUAACUAUGUUUCUGACUUCAUCCGGCAUAAGAAGAGGUGCAAACCUCAGAGGUAAAAGCUUAUUCAGUAUUGCAGAGUUAGGAUAGGGGUAAAGCUCGUGCUUGCUAUUGUAGAUGGCUUCAUUAUUUUUGGAAGCUCCUUGGCCCAAUUGUUCCGAGUUCUGACAACUUAUAGCGGGGUUGUUGCUUCUUUAUUGAAGAAAAAAUGUUACAAUCUUUAGUUUAGAAGCUUCUACUGUGCUUUUCUUGAACAUCGCUGUACAUUUCCAAAUGCUGGUUGAUAAGAUCUGCAGUGUUUGUUGACA